AUGCCCUUCCGGAAUGAAAGCCUUGGCAGCCCCUCCUCCUUCACCCUGAGGGGCCUGCCCGGCCUGGAAACUGCCCACUUCUGGCUGGCGUUCCCCCUGUGCGCCAUGUACGUGGUGGCCCUGGUGGGCAACUCCGUCGUGGUGCUGGUGAUAAAAACGGAGCCUGCCCUCCACACGCCCAUGUACUUCUUCCUGGGCAUGCUGGCAGGGGUGGACUUGGCGCUGGCCUCCUGCACGAUGCCCAGGCUCCUUUCCCUCUUCUGGCUUGAUGCCAAGGAGAUCGCCUACAGGACCUGCCUCCUCCAGAUGUUCUUCAUCCACUCCCUUUCGGGCAUGGAGUCCACCAUCCUGCUGGCCAUGGCCGUGGAUCGGUACGUGGCCAUCUGCCGCCCGCUCCAGUACUCCACCAUCCUCACCAACUCUGUGACGGUCAAAGUGGGCAUCAUGGCUCUGGUGAGAGGGGUGGUCUUCUUCCUUCCUCUGCCCUUCCUCAUCAACCGGCUGUCCUUCUGCAACAGCCGGGGUCUCCGGCAUUCCUACUGCCUCCACCAAGACAUGAUGAACCUGGCGUGUGACGAACACACCCUGAACAGCGUCUACGGCCUGGUGGCCAUCAGCCUGGUGAUGGGCCUGGACUUCCUGCUCAUCCUGGUCUCCUACCUGCUGAUCCUGAAGGCCGUCCUGGGGCUGAGCUCCUGGGAGCAGCGCCUCCGAGCCUCUGGCACCUGCGUGGCCCACCUCUGCAUGGUGCUGGCCUUCUACGUGCCCCUGAUCGGCCUCUCGGUCAUCCACCGGUACAGGAAGGACGCGCCUCCCCUGCUCCAGGCCCUCAUGGGCAACAUCUACCUCCUGGUUCCACCCGUGCUCAACCCCAUCGUCUAUGGGGCCAGGACUAAAGACAUCCGAAAACGGGUCUUAAAGUACAUGAGACUCAGCAGGAACAGAGAGCCUCACUGA